UGGGUGUUGUUGACAAACCUGUUUGCACACUUCCGGGAAAGGAAGUGCUAGCCGUCUUUAGCUAGCCUCUCCGUGGUUUAGAGAUGAACUAACAGAACUUUGAUUAGCAUAAAUAACACUCAAAUUAGCAACAAGCUAAUGACGACGUCGUUUAAGACCGGCGCCUUUUAAAAACAACUGUCGUCGAGAAGCUAGCCCCGUUAGCUUGCUAAGGUCAGCUGGAUAAAUCACAGAUCCGAAGUUAUGAUGGCGUCCAGUUACAGCGCCAAAGACGAGGACGGCCACAUCACCGUGUCUGGACCCGGUGGCGGGACUCUGCGGAACAAGAAGCCCGAAAACACCGCCUUUAAGCAGCAGAGGCUCCCCGCGUGGCAGCCCAUCCUCACCGCGGGCACUGUCCUCCCGGCCUUCUUCAUCAUCGGGCUCAUCUUCAUCCCCAUCGGCAUCGGCCUGUACGUGACGUCUAACAACAUCAAGGAGUUUGAGAUCGAUUAUACCGGAGAUGACACGUCCAGUCCCUGCUACAACUGUGCAAAGAACUUCAGCUGGAACAACACGAAGUCCUGCACCUGCACAAUCCCCUUCCAGCUGGAUCAGCCUUACGAGAGCAACGUCUUCAUGUAUUACGGCCUCUCCAACUUUUACCAAAAUCACAGACGUUACGUGAAGUCAAGAGAUGACAGCCAGCUGAACGGAAACAUCGAUUCCCUCAAGAAGCCCAGCAAGGAGUGUGAACCAUAUGCUUCCAUUGAUAAUAAGCCAAUUGCUCCGUGUGGGGCCAUCGCCAACAGCAUGUUUAACGACACUUUGACGCUAUUUUACAAUGACCCCAACGGCACAAGUGUCCCGAUCCCGCUGACGUCCACAGGAAUUGCCUGGUGGACGGACAAACAUGUGAAGUUCAGGAACCCUGUAGGCACCAACUCAAACCUCACGGCUGUUUUUCAAGGAACAGUGAAGCCGGUGAACUGGCACCGGCCCGUGUACGAGCUGGACACUGAUCCGGAGAACAACGGCUUCAUCAAUGAGGACUUCAUCGUGUGGAUGAGAACUGCCGCUCUGCCCACCUUCCGCAAACUCUACCGCAUCAUCCAAAAGAAGAACACAAUGGCCCCCACCCUCCCCCGAGGAAACUACACCUUAGUGGUGGACUACAAUUACCCUGUUCGCAGCUUUGAGGGCAGGAAGCGGAUGAUCCUGAGCACCAUCUCCUGGAUGGGAGGCAAGAACCCAUUCUUGGGCAUCGCCUACAUCACCGUGGGCUCCGUCUGCUUCUUCCUGGGCGUCGUGCUGCUGGUCAUCCACCACAAAUACGGGAACCGCAACAACAGCGCUAACAUCUCAAACUGAGGUGCCGGCUGCGCUCCAGCUCGCCUCCACCGCCAUAAAUAUGAUGCGAUGAUGAAUCUGAGGAAACGGGUGACGAUGGUAGAUUCAUCUUCAGCUGUAGUGCAGAGUUCAUGUUCUAAAGUCACACUAAAAUGCCAAUCUUAAAGAAAUCAGUUGAAAAUGUGCUCAUUCCUCUCCUAACUAUACAAGUCUAACAAAAACGAUUGUGUCAGAGAUUCAAGUCAGCACGCAGAACGACCUAAAGCCCAGCCAGACUCUUCAAAUAUUAAAAAAAUAAUAAUAAUAAAAAAUUAACAGGGAGGAGUCUGGAAAGUUUUUUACGUCACUUUAGGAUCUCUGAUGGUGAAGUGUAAGUGAGCGGGAGUAUAAGUGUGAGAGCUGCAUGCUGCUGAGAUGUUGUUAUCACCGCGCUGCUCGGGUGUAUGAUGGUGUGUUAGGCCCACCGAAGGCAGAAAAUGUGGCUAAAGUUGUAAAUUUACCAGAAAAAGUGGCAAAAUUAAUAGUAAAAACGUAUGAGACUGUCAAAAAGAAAUUUGGCAAGUUCAUGGGAAACAAAAUGUGCAAAUACGACAGAAUUAAUAUAAGGAAAAAACUAAAAAAAGAGACCCUCUCGCGGUCUCUUUCUACCCCUCGUUGGUUCUGGUACGGCGUUGAAUGGGUGGCUUGUCUUUGUGCCUCCUUUUUGUCGUUGUCCUAAAUCUUUAACUGCGCUUUAACUGUGUUGUAGCAAUUUCAAGGGAACACACAGAGUACUGCAGCUAAAAAAAAGAGUGUUUAUUUUUUGUAUUUACAUGAACAAUUUUAUGAGAUGUUUGCUUGCUAGAGUAAAGCCAGUAUUUGCACGUGAGACCUCAGGGUUGCAGAGUCUGAAACAGGUUUAAAUUUGAGUGAGUAUCCAGAGAAAUGUGCACUGAUGCGUAGUUUCAUCCACUGUGGUUUACAUGCAGUAACAACAGCGCAGCAUGACUCAGCACUACAUGUGAUUAAAUGUUUUCUGUGCUACGAGUGAAUUUAUGUCGUUUUACAGCCAUUUUUAAGCUACGAGGAGCUGCAGCUUCUUCCACCUGCUCAUUAAAUAGAUGCUGCAUGUUCAGAUGUGCCGAGAUAUAUUAUGCUUUUUAUUUUUUAACAUAGAAAUGAAUUUAUUACCUGCAUUUGUGUCUGGUUGGAUUUGACUUUUGUGUUUUUGAUACUUCACCUGUGUUUUGUUGUUUUUGCUUUAAAA